AUGGCUCCAGCCCUGAUCAGAUCACACGAAGAUCUUGUACAGUACCACGUCUCGGAUGGCUCUCCUGUGGAAGCUAAUCCUCCACGUGGCUAUGUUGAGCGUUAUAUACAUAGCGAAAUAUACAAAAAGUAUCCUAGCAUCAACAGCGUGGUACACAGUCAUUCUAAGGCUAUUAUACCCUACGGUAUCACUGGGACAUCCACUCCCGUCUUCGAUAUUGCAAAGCACUAUCAAGCUGACGAUAUUCCCGACUUGCUCAUCCGGAACACACGACUUGGUGAAGCACUAGCAUCUCAAUUCGCUCAUUCAGAUGCCAAUGAGGAUGGUACCCAAGGCGAGUCAGCUCGACCUGCUGUGCUCAUGCGUGGCCAUGGAGUCACGAUUACAGGCACUCGCAUUGAAGAAGCUGUCUUUCGUGCUAUUUACAUGCAGGAUAAUGCCGAGAUUGAGACCACGAGCCUGCUGCUUAGAGCUGCACAUCCUUCUGGACCGAACGAAGGCUCGGCCGUCCAGUACCUUAGUCGAGAGGAAGCCGCUGGAGCUGCUGGUAUGACCCAGUGGGCUUGGGAACGAGCAUGGGCACUAUGGAUUAAAGAGGUGGAAGCAGUCAGUAUAUACAGCAGAGAGUAG